CGCCACGACGGCGAAGUCACCAGUCGCGGAUCAUCAUGAGUGAGUUCGACAUCUGCCUGCCGCCGAGCCCGCUUCUGAAGCUCCAUCCGCCGGCGCCGCCGAGUCCGCCCAAUGGCCAGCCCAACGUACUGCUCGGCGCCGCUCUCCUCCGCAAGUCCAAGCCGCUCGUGCUCUUUGAGAACCUUGGCACGGACGCGUUGGUGUUCAAGCCGCCGACGACCAAGAUGCGCUUUAUUGACACACUGCGGUACCACAAGCCGACGCUAGACGAGCGCACGACGUAUAACCUCGCCGGGUCCACGGAGCGCCUCAACCUGCACACCCUCAACGACGUGCUUGCGGUCUGUCGGGCGCGCCGAGGCAUGCGCUUCAAGAGCCAGGACAUUUGUCGCAUCCGCGCCAUCACGAGCGAGCUCCAGCUGAGCUACGACGGCCUCAACGUCCUCUUCAAAGCGUUGCCAGCGGGCGUGAAUCGCAUCAAGGUUCCUGUCGAGCCGCCAGCCAUACGCUCGCCGCCGUCUGUAGAGAGUGACGACGACAAGGCGGUGGUCAAGGCCGCUGUCGCCUUCCACGAGCGAGCGAAUGCCUACGUAGCAACGUUUCUUCGGCUGCGGUCGCUCGUCGAGACGAUCCAGGCGUCCCAGGGUCCACUGCAAGACGUUGUCGACGACGUCAGCCCCGAGACAGACUCAGAGUUCGAGUCCAAAGCUAAGGCGCCCUUCCCCAUGUUUCUCUUUGUCUUGAUCCAAAAGUACCGGCGCGAACGGCAUGAGAUGCCAUCGACGGCGCUGCUCGCGUCGUCGACGCUGCCGACCCACCCGUGGUGGCCCAACGACGCGCACCCGCCGCUGGACUCGCUUGCCGCCUUUGCCAUCUUCCUCGCGUCCAGCUUGAUCUACGGCGUCUCGUUCCACAAGGACGAGCUCGAGGCCAUCGCAAUCCUCUUGCAGAUCAUCAAGUGCGACCACGCGGCCAGUACGCAGAACCUGCGCGUCGAGCUCCUCGGCGACUGCACCGAGCGCACACUGCGCCUCGCCAUCUUUGAGUUCCUCGCGACCGUGCGCGAGCUCCGGGCGAUCCCCAAGCAGGCCGAGUUGCUCCAGAAGAAGCGUAAGGUCGCGACGCAAUAG